ACUUACUCUCUCUCCGUCUUCCUCUCUCUAGAACUCCAGAACUGAGUAUUUCUCAGUAAAUUGUCUUGUUCCUUCCUUCAUCUUCUACACAAAGAUGGUAAAAAUCCACAAAACAGUGCACAAAUCUCCAGUACUAUAGCAAUUACUGAAUAAAUCAACUAUCUCCAUUACUCUCCCCGUCUAGCUCUAUUCAGAGCUGAGCAUCAGACGCUCCAAGAUCAGACCUUACUUGAGAAGAUCGGCGCUUGCCAGAGAAGAAAGGGCGAAAUUGGGACAUUGGAUGAAAUAUUCCAUGGGAUCUCCAACAAGAUCAGGGAAAGGAAAUUGAACCCAAACCUCACCACUUAAUGAGAAAGAGAAACACCUUUGAUGCUCAGUUCUGGAGUUCUAGAGAGAGUUGAGAGAUAGAGAGACGAAGAGAGAAAAAUGGAGAGAGAAUGAAAGAAAAGUUGCUUUGUGGAUUUUUUUUUUUUUUGGCCUUUGGAUUGCAUCACUUACACGUGUCCUUCAUCUAUUUUAAAAAUGGAGAAAACAGGAGGGUAUUGAACGGGAGGUGAGCCUGUCCCAACCGAAUCCAAGUCCGCGCUUAACAAUAAGGCCCAAGUCCCAAAGUCCGAAACACAAACAACCUCGAGGCUCCGAUCCGAAGCUCAACGAGAGGGAGAGGGCUCUCUUCUCUUCAGCGCCAUUGGGAUCUCAAUUGUCAAGUUGAAAUUGAGUUGAAAGACGAAUUUGAUCGCAUGCGGAUGAUUGGCCUAUCAACUCAUAAAGAUUGGAAUUUUUAUUGAAUGAUCUAAGAGUUUCUUUGUUAUUUUACUGGGUUUGCCCUUGCAUCUUUUACUGAAGAGUGAAGGCUAUUACCUUGAAACAUGGCUUUGGUUGAUGUGACAAAAUCUUGCAUUGAUUCCAUUCGCCAGAUAUCAGAGCACAUUGAAGAUGCAACUCUUUACCUUGAUGCUGGAUCUACAGAAAGUUUCCAAUUUAUCGGGGCAUUUCCUGUGUUGCUGGACCUUGGAGUACGUGCAGUUUGCAGUUUGGAGAACAUGUGUUCUCUCGAUGUGGUGGUUGAUUGGAACUCAAAAUCUGAUGCUGCAAGGAAAAUAGUGGUCAUCACAUCCCGUCUACUAAGUGACGCGCAUCGGUAUAUUUUACGUUGCCUAAGCACACAUCAAGGUGUUCGUCGUUGUAUUAUAUUUACAUCAAUCUCAGAGAUAUCUCACUCUGCAUAUCCUGAUUCACCUCUGGGACCAGAUGCAUUUCAUGAAUAUGAAUCCUUGCUUGUCCAAGAUUAUGAGGAACUUGUUAAGAAAGCUGAGACAAAGUCUAAACAGCCAGAAGAUAAAAGCUUACAGGAUAAUUUACCCUUUGAAGAUGAAGGAUGGUCACGACUCACGUCCAGUGAAGAGGGUUUUCCUCGCAUUGAAGCUAGUUCAAGUGGAAGAGAUAUAUACAAUAAUAAUCUAAUAGGUCACGUAGAAGAUGUAGGGCAAAAAUUGGUUGUUUCUGUGCAUCACUUCCCCAUGCUUUUGUGUCCUUUUUCACCAAGAGUCUUUGUUUUACCUUCAGAGGGAUCAAUUGCCGAAGCAUACGUAUCAGCUGAACAUGAGGAUUCCCUUAGUCCUGGAUUGCCUCCCUUAAGUACUGGAUUACCUUCUGAUGGUGAUGAUGUUCCUCCUGGGGCAACUCUUACAGCACAUUUUCUUUACCAUCUGGCCGCCAAGAUGGAGUUGAAAAUGGAGAUAUUUUCCAUUGGUGAUUUGUCAAAAACCGUUGGGAAGAUAUUGACAGACAUGUCAAGUCUUUAUGAUGUAGGCCGUCGUAGACGAUCAGCAGGUCUAUUACUCAUUGACCGCACACUUGAUCUUCUAACCCCUUGCUGCCAUGGGGACUCACUUGUUGAUCGCAUGUUCUCCUCUUUGCCUCAUAAGGAACGAGCAACAUCAUCUACCCAAACUAAAGGCUCUCAAACCCAACUCAAACAUGGUCCUUCUAAACUGCAACGCACUCCUCUUGAUGUUCAGAUCCCACUUCAAAAGAUUUUAAGCGAAGAAGAUUGUAAAAUAGAUAAUUUUCGGCUUCUAGAAAGCAUCGAAGCUUUUCUAUGUGCAUGGGAUUCUACUAACUCUGCUUCUCAAAUUGUAGAUUUAACUAAUCUCAGCAACAAAGUUAAUGAUAAAAGGCCCCUUCACUCUGUGAUUGAGCUAUCUAGUGGGUCCUUUGUCUCCACUGAAAAUUUUCGUGGAACACCAUACUUGGAAGCUAUAAUGGAUAGGAGGACCAAGGAUGGGGGCAUUCUGGUAAAGAAGUGGCUCCAAGAAACUCUGCAUCGGGAAAAUAUAACUGUGAAUGUGAAAUCUCGUCGUGGCUAUGUUACAAAGUCUGAGUUGCAACCUAUGAUCAAAGCACUGGCUAAUAGUCAGCCAUCUCUGAUGAGAAACAAAGGAAUCAUUCAGUUAGCUGCAGCUACAUUAGUUGCCCUUGAUGAAUCACAUUGUGCCACAUGGGAUGCAUUUAUCAGUGCGGAGAAAAUAUUGACUGCUAGCGCUGGAGACACAACCCAGAAUCUUGCUGCUCAAAUUGGUGAUCUUGUCAAUAAGAGUGCUUUGGUGGGAUCACAUGGACAGAAGAAUGGCAAAACAGAGCCUUCACAUGGAGUACUUUCUUUUCAAGAUGCUUUACUGCUUACAAUUACUGGAUAUAUAUUGGCCGGUGAGAAUUUCCCAACAUCUGGGUCAGAUGGUCCUUUUUCUUGGCAAGAGGAGCAUCUGUUGAAAGAGGCAAUUGUGGAUGCUAUUCUUGAAAACCCAUCAAUAGCAAAACUAGAAUUUUUGCAUGGUCUAAGGGAAGACCUUGAAGCCAACCUAAACAGGAUGAGAUUAGAGAAAACCAAAGAAGUGUCUUCAAAUCAAUUAGAAAUUGAUGAUUUUGACGAUGAUCAAUGGGCUAGCUGGGGUGAUGAAGAUGCUGAUAAUUAUAAUAACAAAGAGCAAGUGUAUGGCGACAUGCAGCUGAAGUUGGAGUUGCGUGAUAGGGUGGAUAACCUUUUCAAAUUUCUUCAUAAAUUAUCUAGCUUGAAGAGGAGGAACUUACCAUUGAGGGAUGGGACGUUGUCUUUAGAAAGUAAUUUUAGUGGAGAUCCCUAUACAAGUAAAGGAUUACUUCAUAAACUUCUAACAAGGGUGUUGGGCAAGUAUGAUGUACCUGGAUUGGAGUACCAUUCCUCUACUGUUGGACGACUUUUCAAAAGUGGGUUUGGAAGAUUUGGCCUUGGGCAGGCAAAACCAAGUCUUGCUGACCAAAACGUCAUUCUGGUUUUUGUUAUUGGGGGCAUCAAUGGUCUCGAGGUACGUGAAGCUCAGGAGGCUUUAUCUGAGAGUGGAAGGCCUGAAAUCGAAUUGCUUCUUGGUGGAACAACUUUUUUAACUCCUUAUGAUAUGCUUGAUUUACUAAUGGGGGACUCCAGUUACUUCAAUCCCUUAAUUGGUAAAAGAUAGAGAGAGAAAAAAUAUAAAAUGAAUCUGAAAUGCUGUUUGCUAACAGUUCAUCUGCUAUUUGUUUUGAGCAAUUCAAAUUUAGUUUAUUUUAUAGUUGAAUUGGCUCCCUUAAAAUGGGAAGGAAAAUAUCACACAUAGCUCCUGGUAUGAAGUAUCGUGUAUACUCUCUUUCUGCAUUUGCGUGUGGAUGAGGAUGAAAAUAAUGUAUUAUCUUUCUUUCUUUUUUAGCA